AUGAACCCUAAUUUAAGGAAGCGCCGGGCUUACUGCCCUGAGCAAUCGCCUGCCGAGCCAGUGCUCCAGGACUUCCCUCCUCAUCCUCAUCGAUCCUCGCCCGCCGCUGGAUGUUUUGAGCAGACCCCACCCUUGCCGCAGCAGCAGCAGCAGCAGCACCUGCCGGUCAACAACAAUUUAAAUCAGUAUAUACUUAGGCAGGCCCCCAACAUCGAGGUGACUAUCACAGUAUCUCUUUAUGACCUGUUGAACUUGCAUCGUCCAGAACAACAGCAACUGUUGCUCGAGAAAGCCGCACCAAGCCUCGAGGUCCCAGUUGGCACUCUUCUGGAACUCACCAAGCUGCAGUCCCACUCUCACAAGCGGCCACGUCUCGAUCCGCCACCACUCGCCAUGUCAACACCGUAUACGGACGAUCUAUCUGGACAUGAGGAAAGUCAGGAGAAACCGCCACCCAGCGGGCGAUCGAAUCAUGAUCCCAACAAUGAGUCCCGCAAGCCUUUCGCUGUCUUUGCUGCUGCUGCUGAGCCUGGCUGUUUCUCGUCAGGUUGGAGUAGCGGGCCAUUAGCAAGCUGCCUCCAGGAUUACCUGUGCCAGCCAUUCUCGAGCUUUGUCGGCCCUUCAGAAUACUCACCCCUCCCAUCCACCACACAGCAUGAGUAUGGCGGUCUCAGGCCAGCUAUGGUUGAUGGCGUGGCAUCCUUUCAGCCUACCACCACCGUCUCCAUGAGCUCGACAUCUGUGGCAUCAGAGCCGGUAUCACUGUUCGCAGGUGGUGGUGGGCCGGCGAUUGGGGAUCCCUUUUUGGCCAAUUAUCCGCCACUCCAACCCACUCCACUAACAGGAGCACAGCCUUUGGCGACCAGAGAGGAGAUGAUUUAUCCCACCACUUCACCAAUCGCCAACUACGAUGGUUCACCUGACAGCUCUCGCGCAGCAGUUGCAGGUGCUGGGGCUCGAGUGCCCCAGCCGCAUCUUAUGAGUCCCACAGUUACGUCGCUCAUGUCAAACAGCUAUCCAGCAGAACUAGACACUUCAGUGUAUGGCCGGAGUGGGAGUAUUCCGGGUAUACAUCAAGGUUAUAUGGGCGAGCAAGCUUUUGGCGUGAAGAACGAUGCGAUGAGAUACGAAAUGCAGCAGCGAUCAACAGCGUUUGACAUGUUUCCCCAUCCAAGAACCAUCUCGGCCAGACGUGGCCCCUUCAAGAACCACGACCAGCGUGAACAAACAGCUCACACUAGGAAGAUCGGAAGCUGUAUCAGGUGCCGAAUGCAGCGAAUUCGGUGCAACCUCGAUCCUGAAGAUGAGAAAGGACCCUGUUUGGGAUGCAAGAAGAUUGCGGCCAACACCACCAAGAUCUACCGGCUGAACUGUCUACGCUGGAAGAUCAUGGACGUCAAGCUAUUCAAGCCUGGGCAGGUGAAGGACCAUAAAUGGACCGAGCGCUGGAAAGACAGCGUGGUAGACGACAUUGGAAACUGGGUCUCUUCGGAAGUGAGGACAAUCAGAGUCACAGAAGGAUAUACCGGUAAAUGGAUCGAGCUUCAGGUCCGUCAGUUCGAACCGCAGCCUGGGGACAGCCUCUACAGGAAGUGGGUUUCCAAGAAUGGCGAGGUCAAGAAAGCCAGAGUCCCGGCCUUUGCCAUUGUCGACAUGGAAUCCGCCAAGAGCUCGUUCGACGAGUACAUCAAGCGGGCACUGGGAAGCUGCUGCACUUACCUGCUUCGCAAGCAGAAGCUUCUCCAACGUACAUACUUUCUUGCGCUUAAGGUUAUGCAGGACCCAUCCACGCACGAAACCGAACGGAGGCUGAUCAAGAGCACGCUCGAUCUCUGGAUGUCCGUGAGGCUGACGACCAAGUCAUUCGAAAUCGUCGGGGAGGAGAGGCUGGGCAUGCCGCGGGAUAUCAUCAAUGACCCGGACAGCCCUUUGUGUGGAAAGAUCCCACUGCCUCCUGUCAUGGGAGCGCAGAUUGAUUCCAUUCUGAUCCAUCAGGUCCAACCCCAGCUUCGCCGAGACACGCUCGAGGAGCUCCAGAAGAUGACCCAGGAGAAGAAGCAGAGAACAUGGCUUACCACGUAUCUGGUGACGUUUAUCCUGUUACACAACAUCGCCCUCAUUACCAGACAUGACGCAGAUUACGCCAAAAAGCACAACAUGGGGAGACGGUUUGCCAGGGAAGACAGCGUCAGAGAGUACAACAUUGGAGCGAAUACGCUUCUCGCCUACUUCCACUAUUGCAACCGGGCGAUCUACCCAUUUUCUGCAGAAUGCAAAGAUCCAGAUCUCCAAAGUCUGGCUGAGCUUGACGACGACGCCAUGCGAUUCGUGCGCGAGACCCGGCAGUCAGUAGCUGAGCAAAAAUCAAAUUGGGAACGAGUGUUGGCGAGAGAAGAUUACGAGGACCAAUACUACUAUGUCAGUCAGCUUUUUGAGCCAAACUGGCAACCUCGAGUCAUGGCCUAG